AUGCUCUCUGACAGCAGAGCUGGACUUGAUUUUAGAGUAUUGGAAGAAAUGUUCACUUUCUGUCAAUGGCGAGGAUGACCGUGAUGGGCCAAUGGCGCUAUCUGGUGGUCAAAUAUCACUCAACGUCGAAUGGGUAGUGCUGUACUAAUAUGACAAGCUGUGCAGCAUCUAUGUUGACAUCUUAUUUAUUUUGGGGGUUGUGCGGUUGUCCCUCCCUGGCUUUCUAGUCAGCAUUUUCCAAGUAUUGGAAGGUGACUGUUGGUGAAAGUAUAAAAUGGCUGCUUUUGGAGCACCAGUGUUCUUGCCUUUCCUCUGGCCCCGCCCUCAACUGCAAGUAUAUUCUGUGUCCAACUAGUUGUUUUUCCCCCGCCCCUGCAGAUUAGAACUGUGUUGACAUCACGUGAAUGUUUGUCGUUACAACGGAGUCCAGCAUCGUUGUGAUGGGAAGCCAUUUUUGUUUGCAUGGUGUCAGGUUAGAGGAUGUGUUUGACUUUUAUUUUGGUAGGGUUGUUAAGUUUAAUGGAGAAGGUGGAUUGUUUUGUUGUUUUGAGCCUAUUGUUACCGACAUUGAUAUGUCAAACACAUUUAAUUUUGUUAGGACCGUAACAGUUGUAGACUCAGUUGAUUAUUGUCGUAAAUUUUACGUUACUCGUACACACGCUUUAGUCUCGCUGCUCUGCACUAUUUACAGAUGUUGUUGACCAAUACCGGCCCCUCAUGUGGUUGAGAAGUAUCUGCACCAUUUGCACAAUCGACACAGUUCCACAGUUGAUCAGACGACUAGUCACUAUAAACUGCUUAAAUGUCUUGAAGUUUCUGUGAUCUUUGCACAAUGGUCACUGUAUUAUGAAAUGUACAAAUAUGUGCAGCUCGCUAGACAAAGUUGGCUGCAAGACGUAAUGCUCUGACCAGCCUGUCAGAAGAUUGAAAAAUGCCAUCAUCGUCAGAGCAAGUCUGAUUGGUUAACAAAAUAGGUUACAUUGGUCCAAUAGGCAGAUUAGGUUGACAUUGCAGAAAUGGGCCUUUUCUCCAUUUCUUUUGUCACAGGAACAAGUUAUGGUUUUCCUUGGGGGGCAUUAUUACUGUGAAGUAAAAAAUGUAUGAUCUCUUCAUUUUAUUACAUGCAAACUCAAAUUGAUAGACAAUAACUACUUUUGAAAUCAGAGGCCAUUAAAAAGAAAAACUAUUGCUCAAUUCAUUUUAAAAGGGGAAUGAAUAAAAAUAUGAAAUCUCAACAUUAAUGACAAACAAAGUUUGCAGUUUUUGUAUUGUGCACGAUUUGCUUUCAUGGGCCAUAUAAAAAAGAUGUGGCGGGCCAGAUCUGGCCCACAGGCCUUGAGUUUGACAUGAGUAGGUAGAACGUUCUGUGGCUCGGUGGUUGAGCUCUGGACCGAUUAGGACUUGCUGCAUUACAGACUAUUGACCACAUGAUGUCAGUGUGUGAUAAUUCUCCACGAAGAUGAAACUGCUUCCUGUAUAUGACGUCGGUUAAAAAAAAAACGAUAACCGUCGCAGGCAUUUAAAAAAGUUUUCAUUCUACGUAUAAGAGGGAGGUGCACAUGCAUCUUUUGCAUGUAGAUUCUACAUGAGUGCCGUGAUGAGAUUCGAAGUGAUGUUUUGGAGUCCAAACUUUCCCACGGGUCUUGAAGGCAUCACUGGAGAUGGAGCUGAGUCUCCAGGCUGCACGCUCGGCGCCACCGGCCGGGCUGCGCUGCGUCAACAUGUCGGCAGUCAUUUCAGCACUUGGACGCGAGAUCCGCAUUAACUAAAAAAAAAAAAAAAGGGGGGGGGCGUGCAUGCGCGCCAUCGGAUGAGCAACCUCGGGCGCGCGUGUGCGCUUCUUGCCGUUGAGCAGCUGGCGCGCGCGCUACACUGGGACGCCCCCCCCCCUGCUCGCGAUGUUGCGCGUCUAGCCCCCGCCAGUCGUCUCAAUUCCGGUGAAGAUGGCGACGGGAGCAGGCUGCAGGCAGCCCGCGAGCGGCGGCGCAUCUAAAUACAUCCCGUCGUCAACAUCCGGCAUGUUCUACGACGCCAGUUUAACGCUGGAAUACACGCAAGACCUCCAUUUGAAGAUGAGCAAGAAGAUUGCGCAGUUAACCAAGGUAAUUUAUGCGCUUAACACCAAGAAUGAUGAGCACGAAGAGGAGAUCGAUUCACUGAAGGAAGCCCAUGAGGAUGAGGUGCAACACAUCGUGACAGAAACCCGGGACAAGAUUUUGCAAUACAAGAGCAAGAUGGUGGACGAGGCCGACCUGCGGCGAAGGCUGGCCAGUCUGGAGGAAUCUGUUGAACUCCAUGAACACAUGAAGAGACAGGCUCUCGCUGAGUUUGAGAUGUACAGACAAAGAAUGGAGGAUUCACAGCUCUGCACUGAAGCUCAACACACACAGCGUGUGGUUUCCAUGAGCAGAGAGGUGGAGGAGAUGCGUCGGGAUUUUGAGGAGAAGCUGCGGGCAUUCAGCCAGGCUCAGGCCCAGUUUGAGGCGGAUAAGCGGCGAGCGCUGGAGGAGAUGAGGUCCAGCCACCGGCAGGAGGUGGAGGAACUCCUAAGCAGCCAGCACAGCCAGAGCGCCACCUCCACCGAAGACCAGGAGAAAUUGGCUGAGCUCCAUAGACAAGAGGUGGAGUCUUUGAUGGAGAGGGUGGAAGAGCUGACCAAAGAUAAGGUCCGGGUGGUAGAGGAGUAUGAGGCCAAGCUGGCCAAGGCUCAGGAGUACUACGAGCGGGAGCUGGAGGCCAUGACGAGGACGCACCAACUCACCACCGAAAACCUGCUGGCUUGGAAACGGACCGAGGUUGAGCUCCGAAAGGAGUUCCAGGCGCAGGAGGCAGCGCUGCAGCGAUCUCUGUCAAAGCUGAGGAGCGAGCUCCAGAGAGCUCAGGAGGAAGCACGCGAGAACCGGGACAAGACCAACAGACUGCAGACAUCUUUGGUUAACGCUGAGGGAACCAUCAAGAACCUGCACAAGCAGCUGGAAGAAGCCAUCCAGGACGGUGAGAUCUGGGUGAUGCAGCUGAAGGACACAGAAUAUGAACUGGAAGCCUGCAGGGACCGAGUACAGCAGCAGGCGACUGAGAUCCUCCACAAAGCAGGUCAGAUCGGAUCCCUGCAGGCCACCCAGAUGGCCCAUGAGGCAUCCAUCCGCAACCUGGAUCAAGAACAGAGUCGGCUGAAGGAGAAGAUUGGUCGGCUGGACCAGGAGAGGGAGGCCCUGCUGAACCAGAACCAGGUGGCCAGCGAGCAGCACAAACAGCAAGUGCUGAAACUAGAGCAGUCCCUCCGUGAAGAGCACCAAGGCUACGAGAAGGAGCUCUCCAGACUCAGAGCUCACUACGAGGAGGAAACACGUCGCUACAAGGAGGCGCAGGGCAGGGCUUUGGAGGAGAUGGAGGAGAAACACCGAGCGGUCAGGGAGGAGGCGCAACAGGAGAAAGAGGAGGAGAAGAAGCUUCUGAUUAAGAAAAUGAGCCAAGAGUUUGAAAUCAAGCGUCUGUCGCUGGAGGAGCAGCGAGAUCGAGUGCAGCAGCAGCUGGACAACUUGAAAGAGGAGCUCUCUGCCAAGCUCAACAUUGCCAAUCAGGAGGUGUCCCACCUCCAGGAGUUGGUGAGGGAGAGGGACCAGAACGUGAGCUCAGCACAGAACCAGAUCACCUGCCUGAAGGAUACCCAGGAGAAGCUGAAGAUAGAACUGGACGCCACCAGGGCCCGCGUUCGAGAAACCAGCAACCUGCUGACAGACCUGCAGGAGGAGAUUGAGACCCAGAAACAGCAACACGAGGCCCGUGUGAUGUCCAUCCGAACCGAGGAGAAGCAGAAGACAGACAAGAUGGCUGACAACUUGGAGCAAAAAUGGAGAGAAGCACUUCGUGAAGAAGUACGUCUUCUGAGGGAGGAGCUGAGCGAGGAAUACGAGGCUGACAAGCAGGCGGCGCUGACUCAGCUCUCCCAGCAGAAGGAGCUGGAAAUGAUGGCCGCCAGAGAGGGCUGGCAGAGGAAAGUGGAGGACCUGCUCGAACAGAUCUCGCUGUUGAAGCAGUCUCUGGAGCUUCAGCUAUCUCAGUCGCAGGCCGCUCUCCAGCAGCUGCAGUCACAGUUCAGCCAGGAGAGAGAACUGCUCGGCCAGCAGCUCAAAGAGAUGCAGAGAGAACAUCAGAGGAGAGAACAUCGACUGCAAGAGGCCCACUGCUGCGCACUGAGCACCAUGGAGGAGGCUCGCCAGCACCAGAUCCGGGCCUUGGAGGAGCGUCUGAAGCAGGAGCACAGAGAGGAGGUUCACGCUCUCAAGGAGGCCCACAGGAGGACCUUGGACAUUCUCAGACAGCAGUCAGACCAGGAGCUGCAGACGCUGCGAUUUGAACUUGAAGAUGAGGGCAAAGCCAAGCUUGCGUCCCUCCGUGCCGAGUUGAACCACCUCCACGCGACAGCUAUCGAGCAUCUGAAGCAGAUUCACCUGAAAGAAAACUCGACUGCCAAACGGGAGCUGGAGAAGGCCAUGGAGCACAGCCGUCAACAGGAACAAGAGCUGCUGGCUCGUAUCUCGGACUUGCAGGCCGAGGUGUGUUCCCGUAGCAACCGUAUCACAGACCUGGACCACGAGAUCCACUCUUUGAAUGAGACCAUCGACACCCUGACGCGAGAACUCGAGCUGAAGGGUAAAGAGGUGCUUCGGGUCCGCAGUGAGGCGAAUCAUCAGAUCAGGGCUCAUGAACAAGACUUUGCCAAGAGGCAAGAGAGAGAGCUGGGAGAGCUCAGUGUGGUCCAUCACAGGGAGACGCACAUCAUGUUGGCAGACUUCAACAAGGCUCAGGAGGUUCUCAAAGACAAGAUCACUGCUUUGCAAAUCAUACUGGAAGGCACAGAAGAGAAGUUGAGGAAUAGAGAGAGCCGACCUGAAGAUCUGCAUCUCAUCGCAGAGCUCCGUGAGAUGGUCUCAGAGAGAGAGGCUUUGGUCAAAAAACUGGUGGAUGACAAAAAGUUUUACCAGUUGGAGUUGGUCAACAGAGAGACUGGCUUUGGAAAAGUCUUCAACUCCAGCGCCAAUGUUGGGGUCAUCAACCCUCUUAUCAAGAGUCCUGGAGCACGUCCUUCCGGCUCAAGUGUAUGCGGCGCUCCUUGCCACCCUCCCUUGUGAUGACGUGUCGGCCGCUGUGGCACAGCACAUGGUAGGACGAUAAGAGAAGUGCCCGUCGGCGCCAGCUGCGGUCUGACGAUGUGUCAUCGCAGCAGAGGGAUGUCACGACAACAAUGUCAAGUCAGAGCCUCCGCACUGGCUUUUACGCGUAGCCCACGCGCCAGAAGGUCUGCCGCACGGCUAGCUCGACGGGAGAUGAAUGCCAGCGUGUGGCAUGACAUUUGGAAUGUCUUUCAACGCGGCUUUGGAAUCCUUUUAUGAUCCGAUGCGGGACUUUCCUCUGAGCCCUGCCGACAGGGUGACCGUGCUUAUUUAUUAGCAGCUGCUGCUAACAGCAACCAUCUUGCGCUUGUAUGCCACCUCAAGCAUGUUCUUUGUUAUUUUUACUGGUUGCUUCCGAUGAUUUUUAUGAACCAGUAGUGUUUUUAUCUUUCCUUCCACCCUGAAACUGUUGAGUUCCUGAUUAUCACUCGACAUGCUAACGCCUCCUAUGAGGUGCUAUCCAUUAUACCUUCAGCAAGUGAAGAACUGAUUUGAUGUGUGUCUGUGUGUGCCAAGCUGUUUCAUCAAUGUAUCCACAUGAAAAAUUCAAGUUUCUUCCUAGGUCUUUUCCACCAAAUGUUUUCAAACAUGAUCUGGUGGCGAAACACAAAUUAAUGAAGAAUUCAGAUCGAAAACGGACUGUCUCAUUCCCAGCAUACAAAAAUGUGAAAUUUACAAAGUUUUGAAUUCUACAAUUCGGGUCCUCCAAACACGUUUAAGUCACGUAAAUGGUAAGAGUCUUCAUUCUGUUGUUCCAGAGACCCAAGAAUGUGAGAUUCAUGAUAAAACUUUUGGCUUAGGCUUGACCCGUUAGGGGUUGCCACAGCGUCUCAUCCUUUUCCAUGUCAGGGUCUCCUGCAUCUUCCAUCCUUCCUUCCUUCCUUCCUUCCUUCCUUCCUUUGGCUGGCACCUCCAUCCUCAUCCUCCUUCAACCAAUAUACUCACUCUCCUUUGGGCAAAACCUCACAGCAGGAAAAAAAAUAAAAUUCUGUCAUGCAGACAAAGCAGCUUCAAUAAUCACAAGGUAGAAUUUAGGCAGAAUUUUCAGCGCUCGAUUAUAGCUGCUCUACAGAUCAAAUGAGCCAACUUUCCUUUGUGCACUUGGUGGCUUCAAGACGGAAACUAGAUGCUCAACAGUCUUUUGUUCAAGAGAAAGGAAGUACAGAAGUAAACAUUAGCAUCUUGAUUUUUGAAUUCGUCCUUAAUGCAGAAGAUCAUGAUUCACACGUCCUUUCAAUGUUCAAGCUCGAGGGACAGAGUUUUUGAAUUUCCCUACAUCUUUCGUCUGAACAGUAGAAUACAUUUGACACCGUAGAAGUGAGCAUGUCGCAUAAUCCAAGUGUCCCAGUCUUGACAGUCAGCUGUUCCUAUGUGGAACAAUCUGCAAGUAAUCCUCCGUUUUUCACCGCUAAUGAGAGAAACAAAUUCCAGUGUUGCCAGUAAAUAUUAGGAGCUUUCAAGGCUCUUGAUAAAUUUAGCUCCAGUCCAGACCAAUUAGAUGUUAAAUAUUCACAUUUCAGCAAGUCGUCUCUUGACAGCCACUUUCCUGUCUGCACUUGAUUUGGCCUUGAUUGCCUCCGACUGGACUCGCAUCUUUUGCACAAGUCAUGCAGACUCAAUGCUCCUUCUCGAGCACACAAGCUUGUCAUUCUGAAAAAACACCAUGUGGGCGUUGUGGUUGUUGUUUUGGGUUUCCAAGUGAACAAAUAUCUUAAGAUGAAGCAGCUAUUGUGUGCUCCUCUUCACGUGACAUCACUCCAGCGCGCCUGUGAUGCGUCAUGUGGCCGCAUGUGAAAGAAAGUACGAAAAAGCAUCCCCGCGCUUGGAACGCGCAAUCGAUUAUCUCGGAAAAGCCAUCACAAGCUCCUCAAAGAAAGACGCGCUGGAAUCUGCCGCUCUGUAAAGUCAGCACUCAACUAUCACACGUCUGAUCCAGCACAUUAGCUCCAUUCUGAGCAGGAGAUUUAUUUCAGUUUUAGGUCCUCGGAGCAAGCUCAACCCCCACAAAAACUCUUUCAUCUUUAGUCUAUCAAGGCUCUCAACGUAGGAGCUAUUAUGGCGUAUUAUUGGUGACCAUGAUUGUGUUGAAGGCUGCACAAUGUGUCACCUCAACCAGAAGUUCCAGUUGCUAGUGCAACUGUUUUGAUGGUUAUGUUUUGCCGUAUACUGUCAAAUUUUGUACUUUUGUGUACUAGCGUGGUCCUCAACAAAUUCCUCCAUAGGGACAUUGAAGUGUAUGAAAUAAUAAUGAAAAAACGAAAAUGGGAUGGACUUUUGAGUCCGCCGGUGAUAAUGUGUGCCGCUGCUUUUGCGUCAACAUUCUUGAAACUCAUCUGUCGCUUCCUUCAAUCUCGGUCGUGGCCGCGAUGAUAAAGCUACACACCUUGCAAGGAUGAGGCAAAGGGAUGGAGGACUAAGUAGGAGUGAAGGAAAACUAUACUAUUCGGUGAGUGACUUUAUUGACAAAAAUCAUCACUAAGUUUAAUUUGCAAGGAUUUGGGAUUUUAUUUAGUGAUGAAUCUUUGCUCCUCACUCGCCACAGCACAUCGAAGUCCAAACGGGCGCUUUCUUGUCAUAGUUUUGAUUGACAGAAUUAUGUUCACCCAACAGGAUGUUUAUUAAUGUGGUGGAAGUUUGCACUGCGUGCAUUGUUGCCAAGGGUAUCAGAAAUAUGUUUGGUUACCUUGUUUAGCUGUAGGAUGAGCAAUAUUAGUAUAUUCAAAUACUCCCAAGUAUGAUACAGUAAAGUUCCACCUCUCGACAAACUAAAAUUUAUAUUGUCAUAUUAAAAAAAUUCAUCUCUAGUAGACUCAAAUAUAAAGAGAUGUAUAAUUACAAAAUUGGUGAAAGAGCUAUUGAAUCUCCUUAGAUUGAGUAAGUGUACCUAAUGAAAUGUCUGAAGAAUCUAUAAUAACCCUCGAGAACCCAUUGGGUCACAUAUUUCAAAUAGGAUUUGGAUGUCUUGGGUUCUCUGGGGUUAAGGUGCACUCGUAUGACUUACUAGAAAGUGUUUCCUCCAAACUAAAACAUUGCCACAUGCCCCAGGAGCAACAAAAAAAAAAAACACCCUCAUCAGAAGG